AUGUCCCCGCCCCCCAAUCCUAACGGAUCCUGCGUCUUCCGAUCCUGGCUCAAAGACAUGGCUCAUCACAUUUGCAAUCUGCCCGGAGCCCUGCACCCUGUAUCACAUCCCCCUCGCAUGCCCCUCGCAUUCCCCUGCCGAGCAGACUUCAUGACGGGUGGCCUAGUUCCCGUCCGCGAAGCCACUUGGCCGCCUACAUAUCAGCGACACGCCCCGACAGCGGGCCAGCUGGGACUCAGAGAAGCGUUGCGCUCCAAAGUUCCCGAGUUUUCACAGUCACCACCCACCAGACGGACCAUGCAGGUGGAAGCUUCCUGGGCCCAUGGUGCAGAUCGUUUCAUACUCAGCUUGGGGUCUGUGUUGCGCGGGCCUUCAGCUGCCGCCGCCCAUUCAACAUUCUACAACGCCUAA